GAGCCCCACGGAGGACAGAGGCGAUGAUGAUAGAAGCGAUGAUGAUGGAGCCGCUGGCGGCCAACGGCAGCUGCAGCAACGGUUCUCUGCUCUCCAUUUCAUGCCUUUCCCAUCAGGUUGUGUGCCAGGUGGUCAGAAGUGCUGAUCUGACUGACUCUGGCCAUGACAAUGGGACUGGGGAUACCUCGUGGGUAACGCGGCUGGAAAGUAACUAUGGAUUCUACAUCGGUCUGGGCUUGGCUGUCUUCUCCAGCUUCCUCAUUGGCAGCAGUGUCAUCCUCAAGAAGAAGGGGCUGCUCCGGCUGGUGGAGAAGGGAGGCACCAGGGCAGGAGACGGAGGCCAUGGCUACCUGAAGGACUGGCUCUGGUGGUCUGGCUUAUUAACCAUGGGUGGAGGGGAAGCUGCCAACUUUGCGGCCUAUGCCUUUGCUCCUGCGACCAUUGUCACACCUCUGGGGGCCCUCAGCGUGCUCAUAAGUGCCAUCCUGUCUUCAUAUUUACUGGGAGAGAGGCUCAACCUGUUGGGAAAGCUGGGCUGCUUGCUGAGCCUUGUGGGCAGCACCGUGAUGGUGAUACAUGCCCCAGAGGAAGAGGAGGUCACCACUCUGGAUGAAAUGUUGUUUAAGCUGAAAGAGCCAGGUUUUCUUGCUUAUGCUGCAGUCCUUUUGGCUGUCUGCUUCCUCCUCAUCUUGUACUUUGCACCUCGCUAUGGCCGGACCAACAUCCUCAUCUACCUCACCAUCUGCUCUGUAAUCGGGGCCUUCUCUGUGUCCUCAGUCAAGGGCCUGGGUAUUGCCAUUAAGGGCUUCUUUGCUGGCCAGCCUGUGCUGCAGCACCCAUUGACGUGGAUCCUGGUCAUCACGCUGGUAGCAUCCAUCACUACACAAAUUAACUACCUCAAUAAGUCUCUAGACAUUUUUAACACCUCUUUGGUGUUUCCCAUCUACUACGUGCUGUUCACCACCAUCGUCAUCACGACUUCCAUCAUUCUCUUUAAAGAAUGGGUGGCCAUGACUGUAGUGGACAUCAUUGGGACAGUUUGUGGCUUCCUCACCAUCAUUUUGGGAGUGUUUUUACUCCACGCCUUCAAAGACAUGGAUGUCAACUUAGGGAAUCUGCCACAGGUCCUCCAGAGUGAGCAGGAAGCACCAGUCCCCCGAGAUGACAAGAGCAUCCUGAUAGAAGUGGACAACUCCAGCAUUGCUCCGGAGGAUAAACCCAAAGAACUUGCGUGAACUCUAAAAUACACAACAGUAUCUCAAACGAAGGCAAAGAAUGAGGACUGAAUGGUUUAUUCCUGCUCUUCACAUUCUGCUUAUCCACAUUUAAUUAUUCUCCAAGUUUGGAUGAAGAAUAUUGGUAAAAUACGGUGAAUUUUGCAAUAAGUGUCAGGACCCGAGCCAUUAAGUGUUUAUAUGGGACUGUGGCAGAUAAAUCAUUUUACACUUUAGCUUAUGAGGUACAGGAGCUUCCCAGCAGCUCUGUGUUAAUUAGUUCAGUGCAACUCUUUUUUCUGUCCAUAAGAAACUGCAGUGCCCAGGCUGCAGUGUUGCUGUUAGUGAAGCCACUGUGCCUGAUCCAGAACUCACCCAAGCAAGCAAAGGGCAGCCCCCGCUCAGGCUGGAAAGCUUUAGCAGGGUAAAUCCCUAUCAGGAGAACUAACAACUUCUGUAACACUUCUUGGUGAUUGAUGAAAAAUGCUUUCAGCCUGAAGGACCAAGCAGGUGAAUGUUUUAAAGAUGUUUUUCUUAGCAGGUAUUGCAACCUCUGUCAUGGCAGCUCCCCUUCAAAAUUCCCUUGUAUUUGGAUCAUGGGAGGGGAUGCAAGGAUGGGAGCCCAUCUGGGCACAGCAAAGCCUGACCCAGCUGUGCCAAGCUUACUCACUCCAGAGUUACUCACCCUGGACCGUGGCAUUUACCUCUGCAGACCCAGUUUUAGGUUGUUGGGAUAUCAUUGAAUAAACGUGGCUUGAGGUUGGGGCAGGGAAGAUGAUGCACUCUCUUAUUUUAAUAACAUUUCAGUACCUUUUGUUUUAUUUUGUUUUUUAAAUGUGGAACAGGAAAUAAAGGCAUUUUCUAAAAACCCUUGAAAGUGGA